AUGGGUAAAGCCGCUAGCAACACUUCUCACGCCAUCCAAGCCGGUAACAAGGCCGUCAUCAUCUCGCCAUGGCAGCACAAGGUCAUCGAGAUCCUGCCUUUGAACAAGUUCGGCGGUCAAUGCAGCUUCAACGGUGUGAUGAACGGCGAGGUCUCGCUGAACGACAGAUACUUGCACCAGGUCGCUGUUGUCGAGAACGGCGAGUUCGUGUGCCUCAGAGACGAAUAA